GACUGCAACAUUUGACAAUUGCCAAAGAAAAAAACAAGAGGCAUAAGAAAGAUAAACACACGUAUGUUUGGAUAAAAUAUCUCAUGUUUCGUACAUAAAAAAAUCGUGCUGAUAUUCCAUCAUGAGGUUCUUAGGUAUAUCUUGUGUUAGUUUUGUCUUGACAUCGAUAGUAAUUGCAAAUGCGUACUAUCAAAAAAAACAAUUUUACCCUUCUGUUGUAUAUAUUACAAAAUCAAAUCCUAGUAUGGCUGUAAUUUAUAUACAAGCAUUUAUUGGGGUAUGGAUUAUUGGUAAACUGAUGCGAAAAAUAUUUUUCGGUCAGCUUCGGACAACAGAAUUUGAACAUUUAAUGGAACGGUCAUGGUAUGCGAUAACAGAAACAUGCUUGGCAUUCACAGUGUUUAGAGAUGAUUUCAAUCCAAAGUUUGUAGCACUAUUUACCCUCCUACUGUUUCUCAAAUCAUUUCAUUGGUUAGCUGAAGACAGAGUUGAUUAUAUGGAAAGAAGUCCUGUUAUAAGUUGGCUAUUCCAUAUUAGAGUUCUCAGCCUUUUAGUACUCUUGGGUGCUCUGGAUUUAAACUUUAUUUCACAUGCUUAUCAAUCAACUGUGAUAAAAGGAGCAUCAGUACAAUUGGUCUUUGGAUUUGAAUAUGCUGUGCUCAUAACAGUUGUGAUUAAUAUUACUAUCAAGUAUUUAUUGCAUUCUGUUGAUUUGAGUAGUGAAAUUCCAUGGGAUAACAAGGCAGUGUUUUUACUUUAUACUGAAUUGGUAAUGGGUCUAAUUAAAGUUAUUUUGUACAUGGCCUUUGUGGGUAUAAUGGUAAAAAUUUACACAUUGCCUCUAUUUGCAUUUAGACCCAUGUAUUACACUAUAAGAAAUUUCAAAAAGGCAUUCAGCGAUGUUAUACUCUCUAGAAGAGCAAUACAUAACAUGAACACUCUUUAUCCUGAUGCAACUCCUGAAGAAUUACAAGCUGCUGAUAAUGUUUGUAUAAUAUGCAGAGAGGAAAUGAUAUCUGCCUCCAAAAAAUUGCCUUGCAACCACAUAUUCCACACCUCAUGUUUGAGGUCCUGGUUUCAACGGCAACAAACUUGUCCAACAUGCAGAUUAAACAUACUUCGUACUCCACCUACUUCGACAACUAAUAAUAAUAACCCUAGAGCUCAGGCCCAGGAUCCUCGAGCACCUGCAGCGCCAAACCUAGGUCCCAAUCAAUUUUUCAACUUCUUCGCUGGGCCUAAUCCAUUUCAAGGUUUUAAUCAACCUGCAGCAAAUGUAGGUAUGCAACAGGAAGGUCAAGGGGCAGGAGCACCACAUACCCAGAGGGCGCCAGCACAUGAUGCUGGGUCUAAUGGGGAACAAACUCAGUCUCCACCGUUUGUGCCACCGCCAUUUGCAUUCCCUCCGUUUCCAUUUAUGCCUUUUAUGGCCCCACCUCCUGUUCCCCCUGCUAACCUUAGUACCUUAUCUCCAGAGGAACUUAGACUUAUGGAAGGCAAUGAACGAGAUAAUGUUGAAGCGCGACUUCAGUGUCUGAGAAACAUCCAGACAUUGUUGGAUGCGGCUGUGGUCAUGAUGCAACAAUAUAGCGCUGCUGCGGCUGUGUCAGCUGCUGCUCCUGCUGGAUAUCAGACGACAGCGUCUCCGCCGCCGCAAAGAAAUAGCACGGCACCAAGUACUAGUAACUUGAGUAAUGGUCCGACAAGUGCUGAAAAUGUGACAGCUUCUAGUGCCACAUCAGCAGGACCAAGUAAAUUCAGUGUCUUGAAAUCCACCAGCUCAGAGAAAGUUUCUCAAAAAAGCUCAACUUUAACAAGUGAAGCUAAUGGAAUUAGUGAGAGUGUCGCCGAAUCUAGUACCUCACCGGAAAACAGGGCACAUAGAACUUUAUCCUCCGAAGAAGAAGUUAGAAAACGAAGGUUACAAAAAUUUCUUCAUCAAGAACAGCAACAGCAGAAUUAGUAUAAAGAAUUGUGGUUAACGCUGAGUUUUUAUCUGCAGUAAAUGAUUUGACUGGAUAUUUUGUUGUAUGUUAUUUAUUACCUAUAUUUUAUAAUUUUGUAAGGAACUGCAGUGUUAAUAUGAGGCUGAGAUGUAUAGUAAUGAAAUGUUUGUUAAGGUAACAAUAAUAAAUAAUGCCCCAUGUCCGUUAUUUAUU